AGAAUGUGGACAUACAAGGUGAGAGAAGCUGUCAGUAAAUGGAUUGUACUUGAACCAGUUUUCUUCUUCUUUACAUUCACACUUAUAAAUUCCAUCAACAAACAAAAUUGCUAUUUUGAACAAAUUGAACGCAUAUCGAGAAUCAGUACGAAUAUUACCGAUACCAGCAACGUGUUGGUCCAACAAGAAACCAGUUCCUUGAUUAGCUACCUGUCUCAACUAGAAACCGGUUUAUCAGCCCUCGUCCUGCUCAUCUUCGGACCUCUGUCUGAUAUACAUGGACGCAAAUCCUUUCUUCUGUGGAACCUAUUCCUCAUUGGAAUUGGGAACUUGGGCUUUGUUCUCUUUUAUAUAUUGAAAGAUGAGUUUAAAAUAUAUUUGGGAACUUAUAUAUUUUUUAUAAUUUCUACAGUUAUUGGUAUCGGAGGAGGAAUUUACAGCUUCUUCAUGCUUGCAUUCAGUUAUGUCGGCGAUUUGUCUAAUGAGGAACCAGACACUCGUAUGAGAAGAUUCAGUUUUGGAGAAAUCAUGGCAGUUGGUGGUAUCAUUGCUGGAUCAGUUACACUCGGGCAGGUUUCCCAUCAUUUUGGAGACAUAUGGGUUUUCUUAAUCUCUUCUGUUUUAAUAUUUUUAGCAUUUUUCUAUGGCUUAGUCAGAUUAAGAAAUAUCAAGCCUAAAAGCUUAGCUUCGAAUCCUAGAACCCUGAAGGAAAGAAUUUUGAACAUGUUUUUGAUUCCUUUCAAGUCAAGGGCCAGGAACCAGAGAGCUAUGAUUAUUCUACUUGCCCUUUGCUUCUUUUUACAAGAGAGUUCAUAUAUAGUGGAAGACAAUCUACUUCCUCUUUAUACAAGGCUGUUGUAUAAUUGGGACUCAUCCCAGCUAAUCACUUAUAAAGCUGUUUAUUUUACUAUUACUGCUUUGGGACAGUUUACUGUCUUGCCGAUCCUUCUUAAGGUAAAUUAAUGGCAAAUUUCUUAGACGUUCUUACAUGGGAAGAACCAUGGUCACACCAUGGUUAUGCUUCAACAGAGCAGCCUAGAUAGAUAUAUACGACCUAUAAUUGUACCUAUAGGUAACAUGAAUAAGAAAUUGGCCAUAUGUGAAAUUACAGGGUU